AUGUCCUCCUCGACAGGACUGAGCCGAACGCGCUCAUUGAGACAGCCUCAAGCGACGUCCCGAAAUCAAUUGUCACAGAGAGAUGGCGCAAACAAUACCAGCGAGUCCGGAAGCGCAUCGCCGAGUCGGCUGCCCCAGAUCAAGCCCUUGACGAGGUCAGGGACUAUAUCAGGGACUACUUCAUCAUCAACCACAUCGUCCACGGCCGCAACAACGGCGCGCAGCCGGGCGGCGAGCUCGGCAAAGAGCACCACAACCACUGCUUCAGGAAGACCGCUGUCGGGGAUAUUCUCAAGCAGACCAUCGACCACAUCAACAACGACAACAGCCACGAGGCAGCGAGCUCCAACGGGCCCCGAGAAUGCAGCCGCCAGACCGCUAGGCCGGGCGCCUUCAAUACGACAGGUCUCUAGCCAGCAACCACCGGCGGCGACGACGACCACCACCACCACCACCAGUAGAAGGGUGCCCUCGGGCAGCAGCAGUGUCGGUGCUAAGCGCCCUACGUCCUCGGGCGGCCUGCCUUCCUCCGCCGCGCCCAAGACUAGAGCUCCGACGCACACGAGAGCAAAGAGCACGGCCACGGCGCUGACGGCCGCAACGACGCUGCGACCGCCCGUUUCGUCGAGCGCAACCGCCACCGCGGCGUCUCCUUCCUCGGCGAGCACCACAUCAGCGGUAUCCCACGCCGGCCGACCCAGCACGACGAGGUUACACGCGCGCAACGUCUCCCAGAGCGGCGCCGCCGCCACCGCACCACCGCAGUCACCGGUCCACGGCUCCCGCCGCCCCACCUUUGACACCAACCAGCAGUACUACUCGCCGCUCAAGUCGCACGCGCCCAAGCCGCUGACCUCGACGUUUCUGGCGCCGCCGUCGCCGUCCAAGCUGCCGUCCAACGUGGCCAUUAGCGCCGAGACGUCCCGGCUGCAAACGGAGCUGCUCCAGCUGUCCCUGUUGCACCGCGAGGCCGGCGCCGUUACCCGGCAGUGGCACGAGAGCGCCCGUCGGAAAUUGGGCAGGCGGUUCAAGGCGGCUGCCGCCGAACACGAGAGCAUUUGCGCCCAGGAGCGGGACGGCGUCGAGGCGCGCAACGUUGCGGCCCUGCUGCGUUGGGGCAGUCAAGAUGGAGGAAGACUAGGUCUCGAGGAAAAGUUGCAGGCCUUGGAUCAGAUUCUCGACGAGGUCUGGGCCUUGACCGAGUCCGAGGGCAGAUACGGCAGAGUCGUCGAGGGUUUUGAGGCGUGGGCCGGUCGAAUGGCGGAUAUCAUGGCCAAGCGUCGGAGUGGGCGUGCAGACGACUUGGUGCGCGGCGACGAGGUGCUCUUUGUGAGCGAUCUAGACACCCGGUGGAAAGAUGAAUGCGCCGGCCACGUCAGGAAACUCGAGGCGUGGUGUCUAAUGCUUAAUGAGAUUGGCCCGGCACCAGACGAACCCAGCGAACAAGGACCGAGGUCCAGCCUUUCGCGAAUCCUGGAAGGCUGCACGAGUCUGGUGGUGGAUAUGCUCGCGGAGCUCGAGGUCAUGCUCGGCAUUGAGAGGGAUGCGCGCAGGUCCGAGGACGAUUGGAUCGAGAGGAUGAGCGAGCAGCUCAAGAUUGGCGAUCAUGAGACCAUGGACAGGGAGCCUCCGCUGUGGAAAAUGGUAAUAUAA